AUGCACAAUCAAGGCUCAAGAAAUCACAGCUUCGUAACUGAGUUUAUCCUCUUGGGCUUCUCCAGAAAUCCCAGGACCAAUUGGAUCCUUUUCUUCCUCUUCYUCUUCCUGUAUUUAUUCACAGUCUUGGGCAAUGGGCUCAUUGUUACCCUGAUCAGAGUAGAUGCACGUCUCCACACACCCAUGUACUUCUUCCUCAGUAUCCUCUCUCUGCUGGAUCUCAGCUAUGCCACCACUACAGUGCCCCAGAUGUUGGUCCAUCUGAUAAGCAAAAAUAAGACCAUUUCUUAUGCAGGGUGUGUGGUUCAGAUGUACAUUUUCCUGACCCUAGGCAUCACUGAGACCUGGAUUUUUGCAGCAAUGGCCUAUGACAGAUAUGUUGCUAUAUGUCAUCCACUCCACUAUGGGGUCCAGAUGAGCCAAACACUGUGUGUACUCCUAGCAGUCAGCUCUGCCCUUUGUGGACUUAUCUGUGCCCUUGUCUACACAGUCUUUGCAAUGAAUCUUCCCUACUGUGGCCCUAAUGAAAUCAACCACUUCUUUUGUGAAAUUCCUGCUGUUUUGAAGUUAGCCUGUGCGGACACAUCCCUCAAUGACCAAGUGGACUUCAUCUUGGGUUUCAUCUUGCUUCUGAUCCCACUAUCCCUGAUCCUGGCCUCAUACAUUCRUAUCUUCACUGCUAUUCUAAAGAUUCGUUCCACCCAAGGGCGGAUCAAGGCCUUCUCCACCUGUGCUUCCCACAUCACUGUGGUCACCAUGUUCUGUGUUCCAUGCAUGAUCAUGUAUAUGAGGCCUGGCUCUGAAGCCUCCCCAGAUGAUGACAAGAAGUUGGCCUUGUUCUACAAYGUCAUUUCAGCCUUUCUCAAUCCCAUUAUUUAUAGCCUCCGGAACAAAGAUGUGAAGAGGGCUUUCUUCARGUUAUUUAGAAUGAUGUGUGGGGCAAUGGUCAUCUUUUGUGGACUGUGGGGUGUCAGCUGUUCCCUAGUCUACACUGUCUUCACCAUGCGCCUGCCCUACUGUGGCCCCAAUGAGAUCAACCACUUCUUCUGUGAGGUGCCUGCUGUUCUGAAGUUGGCCUGUGCAGACACAUCCCUCAAUGACAGAGUAGAUUUCAUCCUGGGCUUCAUCCUUCUCCUGAUACCACUUUCCUUCAUUCUGGCUUCAUAUAUCCGUAUCAUCAUUGCAAUUCUAAGGAUUGGUUCCACCCAAGGGCGGAUCAAGGCCUUCUCCACCUGUGCAUCCCACAUCACUGUGGUCACCAUGUUCUGUGGACCUGCCAUGUUUAUGUACAUGAACCCUGGGGCCAAUGCUUCCCCAGAGCGGGACAAGAAACUGGCUCUGUUCUACAAUGUCAUCUCUGCCUUCCUCAACCCCAUCAUCUAUAGCCUCAGAAACAAAGAUGUAAAGAGGGCUUUCCUCAAAGUAACAGGCUGGGGCAGGGUUCCUGAGUAA